CUGUCAACCUUGUAGCAGGAUAAGCUAGCAACCUGGCCCUCUGACAGUUGCUCCAAAGAUAUGACAACAAUGGAUGUCACACUACGACAAUGCCAAACUAGAAUUGAAUGAAACAACAAGUUGUAACUUGCUCGCCGUCAGAGCUGGAUGCAGAAACUGCCUGUUUUAUUAGCUCAUAAGACUGCCUGCAUAGGCCUACGACCUCUUGGAACACUUCAACAGCUCUGGAAAGUGCGUAGAGUCUUUUCCGUCUCUUCAUGCUUUGAACUUCUACCUCCACCCGUUCACACUUUUCAUUUUUCCCAAGAAAUCCGUCAUUUCUCCUUGGUGUCACAUAAACAAAGUCUCCUCCAAAACGAUCCUCCCCAGCUUCUCCUGCGUCAGUGUUCCUCCAACCAGCCAGAUAUGGCAGAUCAGAGGUUCCUAGUGGAGUACGCCAAGCGCGGCACUGCGGGAUGUAAGAAAUGCAAGGACAAAAUCCAGAAGGGGAUAGUGCGGAUAGGGAAAAUCGUGCCGAACCCUUUCAGUGAGUCUGCAGGGGAGAUGAAAGAGUGGUAUCAUGUGAAGUGCAUAUUCGAGAAGCUGGAAAGGGCAAGGGCCACCACGAAGAAGAUCGAGGACAUCACAGAUCUGGAAGGCUGGGAAGAGCUGCAGGACGAGGACAAGGAGCUCAUUGAUAAACAUGUCUCAGACCUGAUGGCCAAAGUCAAUGCAAGUCCAAAGAAGAAGGUGCAAGCCAAGUUAAACACCACAGGCAAGCUGAUGGCUCCUCCUGCCGAGCCGCCCGUCAACGCUCCACGCAAGUUCUCAGGCUUCACUGCUGCGAAGGCUGGCACUUCCAGCAGCCCAGCACCAUCCUCCUCACCUGCCAAAGGCAGCCCCCUGUCCGCCCAGCUGUGUGACCCUAAGCACAAGGACUGCCUCUUCAGAGAGUUUCGUAAGCUCUGCGCCCUGGUAGCAGAAAACAACAGCUACAAUGUCAAGACACAGACCAUUGAGAAGUUCCUCAGGAAGGGCUCAGCUGGAGAUAAGUUCCAUGGAGAUCUUUAUCUGACGGUGAAACUGCUCCUGCCAGGCGUCAUUAAAAGUGUCUACAACCUCAACGACAAGCAGAUUGUAAAACUCUUCAGCCGCAUAUUCAGAUGCAACCAGGACGACAUGGUGCGCGAUUUGGAGCAGGGCGAUGUGUCUGAGACAGUGAGGAUGUUCUUUGACGAGAGUAAAUCAUUUCCUCCGUCUUCCAAGAGCGUCCUCACCAUCCAGGAAGUGGACGCGUCCCUGACCCGCCUCGCCCAGCUCACCAAGGAGGACGAGCAGCAGAACGAGCUGGAGGAUAUUGCCAAAAAAUGCACCAGUAACGACCUGAAAUGCAUCAUUCGGCUCAUUAAGCAUGACUUGAAGAUGAACGCCGGAGCAAAACACGUCUUGGAUGCCGUAGAUCCAAACGCUUACGAUGCCUUCAAGGCCUCGCGUAACCUGGGUGACGUGAUCGAGCGGGUGUUGAGGAAUCAGCAGGAGGCGUCCAAUGGUUCAGGACCCAGGAAACUCCUUACUGUGGAGGCCUCACUGAUGACCCCCGUUCAGCCCAUGUUGGCAGAGGCGUGUAAAUCCAUCGAGCACGCCAUGAAGAAAUGCCCCAACGGGAUGUAUUCCGAGAUCAAGUAUGACGGGGAACGUGUUCAGGUCCACAAGAAUGGAGACAACUUCAGCUACUUCAGCCGCAGCCUCAAACCAGUGUUACCACACAAAGUCGCCCACUUCAAAGAAUUCAUCCCACAGGCUUUUCCCGGUGGCCACAGUAUGAUAUUGGAUGCUGAAGUCCUCCUAAUUGACACAAACACCAGUAAACCUCUGCCCUUUGGGACUUUGGGUGUGCACAAGAAAGCUGCCUUUCAAGAUGCCAAAGUGUGUCUCUUUGUUUUUGACUGCAUCUACUUCAAUGGCGUGAGUCUCAUGGAGAGGCCUUUGUGUGAACGCAGGAAGUUCCUGCACGACAACAUGGUGGAAGUCCCCAACAGGAUCCUGUUCUCAGAGAUGAAGCACGUCACUAGGGGAGGAGAUCUGGCUGAUAUGAUAACUCGUGUCAUCAGAGAGGGACUUGAAGGCCUGGUGCUAAAAGACAUAAAGGGCACCUACGAGCCUGGAAAGCGCCACUGGCUUAAGGUGAAGAAGGACUAUUUAAAUGAAGGCGCAAUGGCAGACACAGCUGACCUGGUGGUGCUGGGAGCCUUCUAUGGAAAAGGCUCAAACGGGGGCAUCAUGUCCAGUUUUCUGAUGGGCUGUUACGACCCAGACUCCAAGAAAUGGUGCACAGUCACCAAGUGCUCAGGAGGCUACGAUGACGCCAUGUUGGCCAGACUCCAGAAAGAGCUGGAUGUGAUCAAAAUCAGCAAGGACCCAAGCAAAAUCCCCGGCUGGCUGAAAAUCAUCAAGAACUAUUAUCCAGAUUUCAUUAUCCGCAAUCCUGAGCAAGCACCGGUCUGGGAGAUUACAGGUGCAGAGUUUUCCAAAUCAGAAAUGCACACCGCCGAUGGCAUCUCUAUCCGCUUCCCCCGCAUGACACGGAUCCGUGACGACAAAGACUGGAAGAGUGCCACCAACUUGCACCAGCUUAAAGAGCUGUUCCGCAUAUCGAAAGAGAACUGCGACUUCAAAGUGACGGCCGGACCGUCGACGUCCAACGACGACAAGGGCUCGUCAGGAGGGGACAGCGGAGGAAACUCCCCGUCGUCCACGUCCCACAGAAGCGCUCCGCCCAAGAAGACCAGCAACAGCAGUCCACCCAAACCAAAGGCGGUGAAAUCUCAGCCACGGACUCCUGCCUCAGAAGCACCCAGUGCCAAGAAGGCGAAGAAGAGUGAAAGUGUUCACAGCAACGGAAAAACAAAGGCAACCGCUCAGCUGCUGGAGCCGAGGAAUGACAAGACGCUGCUGGACAUCUUCAGCGGGGUGAAGCUUUUCCUGCCAGACUCAGUGCGGGACUUUGACAAACUGAGGCGAUACUUUGUGGCGUACGACGGAGACAUCGUACCGGACUACGACGCCUCCUCGGCCACACAUACGCUGGCUGAACCUGAUGAGGACAGCGAGGCCCAGAGAGUGUCACCCAGCUGGAUCUGGGAAUGUAUCCGCAAGAGGCGUGUCGUACCUCCCUGCUAACAAAAAAAAAAAAACACACACACAUACACACAUUUUGUCCAUCAGUUACUGCAUAUCAGUGUAAGAUUGUUUCACUCUGAAUCCAUGUUGAAACCAUAUGAACAUGGUUGAUCUUUAAGGAUCGUUCAACAUUUUGAAGGAGUUUGGGGAGAUUACUGCUCAUGUUCUGAGAUCAUAAAACACUGUCACACUGCUCUCAGAGGUGUUUUUUUUUUAUUUAUUGUUUUUGAGCCCUUUUGGCAUUCUGUACUUGCAAACCACCUGGGAACACAUAUAAAUAUAGUUUUGACAUGUUAGUUUUUGCUAAUUUUGAGUAAGUGGAAGAGUAUACUGGUGAUAGAUGUAGACAAAUUAUCGAUGAGAAACAUGGACGUGAACUGUAGAUGUAGAGUUUUUUUUAUAUACUAAAAUUCUGAAUGUAGUUAAAUCAGCUACACAUGUAAAUCAAAUCCAUUUUACAAAGAGAUCAUGAAACCUAAAAUCACAGUACGGACUUGAAUAUGCAGCUGAAUGAAGAUAUGGGGUUUUAUCAGUGUCAUGCGUUAUUUUUACUGCCUGACUGAAGCAUUUUGUGAGCUAUUUAACCCUCCGCUCAUGAACUGAGCACAAAAAAGAAAAUGUCUGCCAUUAGGAAUACACUAAAUGCUGAUAAAAGAUAAUAAAAAUGUCUCAGUAACA